AUGGUGCUGGCCAAGUCCAAAAACUCUGUGGGGUUUGGCAAGGGAAAAGGCGCGGAUCGAAAGAAAGUAUCUCACAAUGCUGCUGCUAUCCAGCGAAAGGGCACUGAUGGCGAGACUUAUAUAACAAAUCCGUCCGAAGAGGCAUCGUGGGUGAAAAUGCGCAGUAUUACUGAACAGCCCGCCCUCGACGAGUUUCUGAGCACCGCCGAACUCGCGGGAACUGAUUUUACUGCCGAAAAGUUGAAUAAUGUCAAGAUUAUACAUCAGGACCAGAAGAACCCUUACCUCCUUUCUGCCGCAGAUGAGAGGAACGCCAUCAGAAAACAUCAGAAGAACCGUUCUCGCUUAACGGUUCCCCGACGCCCCAAGUGGAACGAACGGACGACUCGCAACGAACUUGAUUCUAUGGAGCGAGAAAGCUUUUUGGAAUGGAGGAGAGGUCUUGCAGAGCUACAGGAGGUGCAGGAUAUAUUAAUGACACCGUUUGAACGAAAUCUUGAAGUAUGGAGGCAACUGUGGAGAGUCAUCGAGCGAUCCGACCUCAUUGUGCAGAUUGUGGAUGCGAGAAACCCACUUCUCUUUCGAUCAGAGGAUUUGGAAAGAUACGUCAAGGAAGUGAACCCAAAGAAAAGAAACCUACUUUUGGUGAAUAAGGCGGAUAUGAUGACAUUAAAACAAAGAGAAGCUUGGGCAGACUAUUUUGAGGAACACAAAAUAUCCUACAAGUUCUUCUCGGCUGCUUUGGCUAAGGAGCUUAACGAAGCAAAUGGACAAGUAGAGGUGGAUGAGGAGGAUGAGGAUGCAGAUGAAGAAGCACUCGUCGAGCGAACAAGUAAAGUACGCAUUGGAGGUUCAGAGGGAGAUUCUGAAGAAGAUGAAGAGGCCGACGAGGAAGAAUACUCGGAAGAAGACGAUGAUGAUGGCGGGGGUCUACCUCUUCCACGAGAUCCGGAGUCUAAGAGAACGGAGAUAAUCACGGUAGACGAGUUGGAAGCACUGUUUAUGUCAGCCGCUCCUCCCCGUGAUCCUAAUGACGAGAGAAGCAAAGACAUUACCACCAUUGGCCUUGUUGGGUAUCCUAAUGUUGGUAAAUCCAGCACUAUUAAUGCACUUCUGGGAGCGAAGAAGGUGUCUGUCUCUGCAACUCCUGGAAAAACGAAGCAUUUUCAGACACUUUACCUAACACCUAAGAUUGUCCUUUGUGAUUGUCCCGGUCUUGUGUUCCCCAAUUUUGCGACCACGAAAGCGGAACUCGUCGUUAACGGUGUCCUUCCCAUUGACCAAUUACGAGAGUACACCGGCCCUGCCGGGCUUGUCGCCCAGAGGAUUCCUCUCCACUUCCUCGAGGCCGUUUAUGGGAUGAAGAUUCCCAUCCGAAGUAUUGAAGAGGGAGGAACAGGAGUUCCAACUGCGUCCGAAAUCCUUCGUGCAUAUGCCCGUGCUCGUGGAUUUGCUACAACAGGUUUAGGUCAGCCGGACGAAUCUCGAGCUGCGAGAUAUGUGUUGAAGGAUUAUGUUAAUGGAAAGUUGUUAUUCUGUCACCCUCCACCCAGGGAUCCCCCGUUCACAGAUACGAAAGAGCGCUCAGAAUAUGAAUUGGACUUUAACGAAGGGCUGUCUGACAUGGCCCAUCUUCCUGCUCGACGGAAGGAGGCGAUGCUCAAGGAACAUGCUGCUGCGACUCGCGGUGACCUGGCAGAUGGGGAGAACGAUGAUGUUGAUUUGGAUUCAAACAUGAUUCCACCCCAGACUUCGGGCAACGCAUCUAUACCAACCCAAAGUUCCCGUUCAAAAAAGCUCGACAAGAGUUUCUUCGGUCCUGGAGGCGCCGGAUCAGCAGGACAUCUCAAGAUGCCUUUUAAUUAUAAGUAUUCAGAAGUGGGCAAACAAAAGGCAAUCACCGGUCGCAAGCAGAGGGCUCUCAUCGCAUUGGAAAAGAAUAUAGAUGUGUCGGAAGUUCGGGGGCCGGGAAAGAAGCAUUUCAAAGCGAACAAAAAGGUCAAGGCAAAAAAAAAGGGAAACAGCUUCCUAGCGGAAGAAGAGUAA